AUGGGGGAAGAUGAGGAGGAGGAGGCGGAGGAGGAGGAGGAGGAGGAGGAGGAGGAGGAGGAGGAGGAGGAGGAGGAGGAGGAGUGGGUGGGAGUGGAGGUGGAUGAGGCGAGUGACCGCAGGGGGAGCCGCUGGGAUUGGCGGACCCGUGGGCAACGAGCGGGCGGGAGAGGAGGAAGCUGGUGGAGGAAGGUGAGGGAGCGCAGCGAGCUACAGCAGGUGGAGGAUCUGCAGGUGCUGAGGAGGGCGCAGGUUGUGGGCAUGACCACGUCCGGGGUGGCCAAGAUGCAGCGCCUCAUCUCAACGCUCAGCCCGUGCAUGAUCAUUGUGGAGGAGGCCGCUGAGGUGCUGGAGGCGCACAUCCUCACGUCGCUCACCCCACAGACCCAGCACGUCAUUCUCAUAGGUAUACCAUGGGCUGUUGGGGUUGGAGUUGUAUGCCAGGAGGCUGCUGAGGUGUGGAAAGCCCACACCCUCGCCUCCGUCAUCCCGCACAUCGAGCAAGGUAUUCUCAUAGCAACACGCCUCCACCUGCAGCUGAGUCCAAAGGUGGAGGUGUGUGAGCUAAGGACGGGGCUUAUGGUGCACGACCUCAUCAAGGAUUCAAACUGGGGCUUCGACCUGGACGUCUCUCUCUUUGAGUGCCUCGCGCUCUCCAAGCGCAUCCCCGUGUACACGCUCGCCACCCAGCGCCACAUGCGUUCGGAAAUCGUGGAUCUGAUUUGCCACAGCGUCUACCCUGACCUGCGGGACCACCCGUUCCUGCAAGGGUACCCGGACAUGCGGGGAAUGGCGAUGAAUCUGCACUUCUGGGACCACGACAGCCCUGAGAGCAGCUGGGACAACUUGGGGGGAGGCAAGUCAAAGUCGAACACGGGCGAGGCAGCCAUGGUGGUGGGGCUGGCCACGUACCUGCAGCAGCAGGGGUACACGGGAGGGGAGAUCACCAUCCUCACGCCCUAUGUGGGUCAGCUGCUCAAGCUGCGCCAGGCGCUUCCUCAUGUGGUAGAUGUGCGCCUGGGGGAGGGCGAUGCCGAGGAGGUAGAGAAGGCAGCGGAGCAGGCGGGUACCCGGGGAGGUGGAGCUGGCGGGGGAGACUGGGGAUCCUGGGUGUGCAGCUUCCAGGGCGAGGAGAGCACGGUGAUCAUCAUCUCACUCGUGUGCCACAAGCCAGACGGUGACAUCGGGUUCCUCAAGAGCCCCAACCGCGCCAACGUGUUGCUCUCCCGCGCCAAGCACGGCAUGUACAUCAUCGGCGGCGCCAGCAGCAUGCGGGCAGCCACCUCCAGGUCCUCCCUGUGGCCGCGCAUCAUGGGCAUGCUGGACAGCAUGGGGCGCGUUGAGAGGUUCAUCCUGCUGCGCUGUGCAAGCCACCCUGACAUGGUGACACACAUCCACAGCGCGGGCAAGUUCAAGGAGAAGGCCAGCGAGGGCGGGUGCUCUCAGAUGUGUAACUUUCGACUCACUCCCUGCGGCCACACCUGCCCCCACAGGUGUCAUACGGACGACAAGGCACACGCCACCACGUUCUGUGCCAAGGAGUGCAACCGCAUCCGCCCGCUGGACGAGUGCUCACACCAGCACACGUGCCCUAAGCAUUACUGUUCCGUGCUGUUUCCUUCUCCCCACCCGUUCCUUCUCCCUACACGUGCCUUCUCCCUACCCGUGCCUUCUCCCAACCCGUCCCUUCUCCCUACCCGUGCCUUCUCCCUACCCGUGCCUUCUCUCUACCCGUGCCUUCUCCUACCGAUGCCUUCUCCCUACCCGUGCCUUCUCCUUACCCAUGCCUUCUCCCUACCCGUGCCUUCUCCCUACCCGUGCCUUCUGAAGAAAAUGGAUCGGUGA